AUGGCGUCCCUUCAGCCGUUCGAUUUGACGGAGUUUCUGCAGCUGAAAGAGGCUGUACGGCCCGAGCAAGCGGAAAAUGCCGUAGGGCAGACGGCCGCCGCGGCGCUGCCCGCGUCCGUGGCGGAAACCUGCCGGGCGAUGGCGGAGUGCUUGCGCGCAACGAGCGCGCUGAUCGUGCGCGACCCGCGGUGCGCGCAGGCGGACAACGACCGGUUCCUGGACAUGAUGGAGUCGUACUUCGCGCAACCCAAGACGACCAAGCUCGCGCACUCGCGCCCGGAACUGCACUAUCAGGUGGGAGUGACCCCCGAGGGCGUGGAGAUGCCGCAGAGCGCGCUGGACGACGCGGUGAAGGCGCGGAUGGCGCAGCUCCCCGCGGACAGCCGCCCCCACGCGCCCUCCGGCCCCGACUGCAAGUGGCGCUUCAUGUGGCGCGUCGGGCCCCGCCCCGCGCGCACCAGAUAUCAGGAGCUGAACGCGAGUCCAGUGGUGCCGGAGGGGUUCCCUCAGUGGGCUUCGGUGUUGGAUGGGUGGGGAUGCAAGAUGACUGCUGCCGUGGAGGCAGUGGCGGAGAUGCUGGCAAUCGGAUUUGAUCUUCCACAGGACUCUUUCACCUCCCGCAUGCACAUGGGUCCACACCUGCUGGCCCCCACAGGCAGCGACCUGGGAGAGCACGGCUCCCCUGGAACAGUCCUGGCGGGGUACCAUGCAGAUCUCAACUUCCUCACCAUCCACGGACGGUGCAGAUUCCCCGGCCUACGUAUCUGGCUGAGGGAUGGCACCUGCUGCCGUGUCUCGGUGCCUGACGGCUGCCUGCUGCUUCAAGCAGGGAAACAGAUGGAAUGGCUGACGGGAGGAGAGGUGCCGGCGGGAAUGCAUGAGGUGGUGGUGGAUGAGGGCACAGUGGCGGCGGUGCAGAGAGCACAGCAGCAGGGACGCAGCCUCUGGCGAGUCUCCAGUACGGUUUUUGCACACAUAGCAUCAGAUGAGAUCCUCACGCCCAUUUGGCACUUCGCCGCUAGCAAACUGGCAUCUAGCUUUCCACCCAAGCCUGCUGGAGAGUUUGUGGAGGAGGAACUAGCAGCCAUUCAGUUAAAAACCUCCAGUGGGGGUGGCUGA